UUUGCUUGGCACAAGUAUCUUAUGUGUGGAUAUAGAUACUGUAAUAACAUCUAACAAACUCACGACGAAAACAGAAAAGGGAAAUGUCUUCACUUAAUUUGACUUGACAAAUAGAAAGAAAACAGAGGUGGGAAAAUAUUGAGGCAACUUCUCAGAAUCCUGAUCAGUAGAUGGCGCCCAUGCAAACGCUUGUUGUCAUAAACUGACAACAAGCGCAGCAGUGCGAAGAGGAAGAACAUUUCUAGCAGGAGAAGCACCCGCAGAAUAGUGAAGGCGCUGCUGCCCGCGGUGACUCCGGUGAACCGGCAGGAGGAGACUGCGCUCCGUCUUCCGCCUUGUCCCAGUUUCACCACAGGUUUAAGCGCCCUUUCCAUCGUUUUUCUUUUUCUAAGUAAAAUAAGUCGCGUUACCUUUUUAGUCCGUUUAAUGGCUUUUUCUUAACCAACCCCGUCAACACAGCAACAUUCGGAGGAGUCUACUGCCUUAUCCAUGCAUUGGAGCUCUGGGCGCAGGCUCACCGGCCCCGGCUCCAGCCAUGUCGGUCAGGAAUGUAUUGACUGGUGGCGGUGACAGAGCUGGAGGUGGCGAACCGGCAGAGGAUGUCCUGAUUGAGGAAAACCAGCACAGCUCAUUGUCUCUGCCCAGCUUAAUGUCCUCAUCCACAGCCGCUGGCACAGAGAUGCCCCGUAAGCGUAAAGGCAGCAUGGACUUGGAUUCAAAAUCUGUUUCCAUCACUGAUGCUGAUAUGGAUGACGACCAAAAUGGGUCAGACAUGGACGACCAACAUGUUAAAAUGAAAUGCAUCAGGGAACCACACAGCCAAAUUGAGAAACGAAGACGGGACAAAAUGAACAACCUCAUUGACAAACUGUCUGCCAUGAUCCCCACCUGUAACCCCAUAUCUCGUAAGCUUGACAAACUGACUGUGCUCAGAAUGGCCGUGCAGCACCUCAAAUCUCUGAAAGGUUCAUCAAGUUCCUUUUCUGAAGCCAACUACAAGCCAUCAUUCCUUCCUAAUGAGGAGCUCAAACACCUUGUCAUUAAGGCAGCAGAUGGGUUCCUGUUUGUUGUGGGAUGUGAUCGUGGAAAAAUAGUUUUUGUCUCAGAGUCGGUCACGAAGAUAUUAAAUUAUAGUCGGGCCGAGCUGAUUGGACAGAGUCUGUUUGAUUACAUCCACCCAAAGGACAUGGGAAAAGUGAAGGAGCAGCUGUCAGCCUCUGAAUUAUACCCCCGUGAACGGCUAAUAGAUGCUAAAACUGGUCUGCAGGUCCAUGCUGACCUUCCAGUUGGCGGAGCGCGGGUCUGUUCUGGGGCACGGCGCUCUUUCUUCUGUCGUAUGAAGUACAACAAAAUUUCUGUCAAAGUGGAGGAGAAACAAUUCCAAGCCAGCUCGUCCAAAAAGAAUAACUCACAGAAGUACUGCACAGUUCACUGCACAGGCUACAUGCGCAGCUGGCCCACCAGCCAGUUGGGCACAGAGGGGGAGGGGGAGGCGGAUAAACAAGACAGUGCCCACUUCAGCUGCCUGGUCGCAGUAGGACGAGUUUACUCUCACUCCACUCCCCAGGUUAACGGAGAGGUCAGAGUUAAACCCACAGAGUUCACCAUGCGCUAUGCCAUGGAUGGCAAGUUCACCUUUGUGGAUCAAAGAGCUACAACCAUUCUUGGUUAUCUUCCUCAAGAGCUGCUUGGGACAUCAUGCUACGAGUACUUCCACCAAGACGACCUACCACAUUUAGCUGAAAGACAUCGCAAAGUGCUGCGAAGUAAAGAAAAAAUUGAGACCAACUGUUAUAAGUUCAAAACAAAAUAUGGCUCCUUUGUCACUCUGCAAAGUCAGUGGUUUAGUUUUGUAAAUCCCUGGACCAAAGAAGUAGAAUAUAUCGUGUCAACAAACACAGUCAUAUCCUACAACCAUUCUUGUCAAGCAAGUCUGUCGGCAAACAAGUCUGAACAGUCGAGCAAUGCCAAGACAUCGCAAGAUGGAAGAAAGUCACUUCCAAUCAUACCUGGUAUCUCCAACACGACAGGAUCUAUGAUCUAUGCUGGAAGUAUCGGGACACAAAUUGCCAAUGAGCUGCUGGAUUUUAACAGAAUGAAUUCUUCACCUUCCAGUGGCACCGUUAGCCCCUUCAGUCUGCCACAGGAUAAGUCUCCACAAACUAACAAUCAAACCAACAACAAUGUGCCAAAUGGAGAGGCAACGGAUAUGGAGAUGCCAGGAAAGUCCAGCUUAGUAGAUGAGGCCCAGGGUGCUGCAUUUUCAGGAGGAGAUAGCCUCAUGGGUGAGAACUCUCAGCUGGACUUGGACAGCGUGGUUGGACCAGGGCUCGGUAGUCUUAGCAACGAUGAAGCAGCCAUGGCAGUGAUCAUGAGUCUCUUGGAGACAGACACAAACUUGGGCGAUGCAGUGGACUUUGAGGAGAUACACUGGUCCUUAUAGAAUCGUCUUUUGCAGUGUGACCCUGCAGCGCCCUGAGAGUCACGUGGACCGUGGGUCUAUUGGUCUAUAGAUAGACUGCUUUAAUACUUUAAAGAUGCAUUUGACUUUAAAAGACUUAUUUAUUAGCUACCUUUUCCACUUAAGCUGAUGAAGUCUUCAGGCGGUUGCUCUGCCUUGAGCAGAAUAGUAGUCUUCAACUAGGGGAAACUUCACCUUCCCUCUUCAGAAGGAUUAACCUUGAAAGCCUUACAGCGACCCACACCUUCCCUGAAACAGUGUUCCUUAUCACUUUCCUUAUCACAACAAUUGUUUAUCCUCUCUUUAACUGAAAUGACUUUUUUCUUUUUGGGGGGCUGAAGGACUAGUGGAAACGGAAAACAAGAGACGUGGCGUUUAUAUGUCACAGCUGCUCAAGGUUUCUGUCGAUGUUUUACUCCUCCAUCAGCAUUUGAUCUAUAGUUGGCGGCGAAGCAAAAACACAUGCACUGAAUUAAUUUCAUGUUGUUUUUUUUUAAGGUCAUAAUCUGAUUAGGUACUUUAUGUUAAAUUAGAACAUAAGAAUGACAACUUGACAACCUGGCCCAUGUCUUUGAUCCUUGAGGAUAUGACAUUGUAGACAGGCAGUAAACCAUGUACAACCACACAUCUGUAACCUCUAACUGUGACAGUCUCCACAACGUUGCUGCUCAGAGAAUCUGAACAUUUUUGGGCUGUCUAUAAACAUUUUUGUACACUGACAUGACCAAUACUGUAUGUAUAUAUACUGUAUGUAUGUUUGUGUGUGAGUGUGUGUGUAGAUUUGUAAUGACAGCAAAUGCUGUCCACGGGCGGUAUAUCUCUUACGUCUUUGCAUAGAAAGAGUAUUUAAAAAAUUUACAACGGACACUUACAGACUGCCAUGGAUUUAAGCGCUUAAUAUUAAAUAUUUUUUGGUUGAAAACAA